AUGUAAUUGUUUGUAAUUAAUCUGUAUAUUGUAUAUGAGCUACUGCUUUGCUAGACUGGCAGGCUGGACACAGCUAGCACUACACAGGUCGCUGCUAUAAGCUGCAGGGGCCUAGCAUGUGAUAUGCUUAGCUAAAUAGAAUCGGGUUUCUUUGAUUUAAACGACUUUGUGACCAAACAAGACACGACAGACACAAAAUUGGAUCCAGAAGUCGUUGCUCGAGUUAGCUCUGUAAUUGGCAGUACAAUGUACGAGGUCGGCAAUGUGACGUUAAUUUAUCGUUAUCGUGAUCAUUUGUGUCACGGUACUCUUGUAACCUGCUCUUUAAACUAUGGCUGCUCAGGUCACAGAAUCAGAUCAAAUUAAGCAGUUCAAAGAAUUCCUCGGCACAUACAACAAACUGACAGAGAAUUGCUUCAUGGACUGCGUAAAAGAUUUCACUACCAGAGAAGUGAAGGCAGAAGAGACCUCAUGUUCUGAAAGCUGUCUACAGAAGUACUUGAAAAUGACCCAGCGGAUCUCCAUGCGCUUCCAGGAGUAUCACAUCCAGCAAAAUGAGGCUCUGGCAGCUAAAGCUGGUUUGCUGGGCCAGCCGCGAUAGUCUACUGCUGCAUGUUGAAUGGACUCCUCAGGCUGUAAUUCUCCCCAUCCGAACAGGAGGGUGAAUGUCCAUAUUGGAAUGACGAGGCAAAGGACAGUGGCGAGCACCAUUGGAAGAUGUCCUCCAAUUUGGUUCAGCUAUUUAGCACUGGAGGGCAUUCGUUUCCUGUUGUACUCCAGGAGGCAGAGGCUCACUAGACCAUGGGCAAAUGUGAAGAUAGUGUUUUUUUUUUAAUGUAAUCACUGCAUAUAACAAAAAUUAAACAAGUUGAGACAUUUUCCUAUCUGCUGUCCUAUUAACCUAGCUGGUUAUAACCUCAAUAGAGAGACUUGGGCAUGUUUCAGUUUUUUAAAGUCAGCAGCGAAUAAGGCUGAGACUGAUGCACUGAGCUAGGCCGAAGUUUGGCCAGCUGUUUAGCAUCAUCACUGAGCCAUGUUCACAAUUCCAAAAUCAGCAGAAAACAGUGACUACACAGACUAUGGCUAAAAUGCUUGCAAUGUAUAUAUUGAGGUGUACACACCAUUUGACUGUAGCUAUGACCUUCGGGUGAGAAUGCUUUAGUCAUCAUGUAAAUAUUUGUGCAUUUAAAGUACAUCUCUUUCCUUCUCUUUGGUCUUUUGAGCAACAUGUAGGUUACUAUUUCUGUUAAUGCUGCUGAAAACCACAGAUGAAGUGUUGAACACUUCACUACACUACUAGCUUGAAUAGGCUGUGGAAGUCCUGUCUGCCCUUAUACCAUUAACACAAAGAGCUUCAGAAGUAAAAAAAAAAAAAUGUUAACAGGAAAAUGACAGUAUCUUCUUUUGAACAAAGUAGGCUAGAAUAGAAUUUCUUCAAAGGAAACCCAAGCCUGUUUUACCUCCAAAUAAACAUCAAAGCACAA